AUGCUCGCCAACGCCAAUUCACUGUUCAAAUUGGGUCAAGAUCCGACGUUCGAGCGAAGAUUCAGUGGACCGCUGCAACUUCAACAGGUUGGUAUUUUGAGCACAAAAAGCAGAUAAAAAUUAUGGGGUUAGGCUUCUGGCCAGAUGCAAAAAAUUGUUAAACAAACUAAAAAACAACACUUGUUGACUGAAUGAAUGACCCGGUGCAAGAUUAAUUGAUAUUUCUUCGACAUUUUUUGGUGCCGGUCAGGUGUCUUCUGGAAAGAAGGUAAUUAAUUGGAAAAUCAAAAUAGAAGCAAGACGAUCGAAUGAUUUUUGAACAAGAACUCAAUGAAAACUUGAUUGUUUGAUCAAAUAUAUGUUUUCUAGUCAUUUUCGAUCAGCUGAUCACGACCUACUUGUCAAAAACUGUAAAACUCACUUCCAAAAAUGAGUUAUAACGUGGUAAUUUUCGAAAAAUCGUGACUUUACGAUUACAACUAGAAUAUAAAAUGAAAGCUGAAAUCUGCGCCAACCUCCUAUUUCCCUCCUCAAAAAUCCCCAUUUUUUACAGGAUUUCAAUUGGCGAAAUGGUUGGGGAGUCCUAAAAGCAAACCUACUUUUUGUAUAUAACAAACCCGAAGAUGAAACAACUUCACAACCAUUUUUAUUAUUAAUUAUCGAGGAUUGUUAUAUUGAAUUAUGUGAUGAAAAUAAGAUUGGCAAGGAUUUCACUUUUGAAAUCAAAUUUAAAUCGUGAGUUUUUUUUUCGGAAGCUACUGAAAAUCUGAAUUUCGCUCUGGAAAUAGCAAGUUUCUCGGCAAAAAUUCAGUCUGAAAGGAUUUUUAAAAGAGAAUUUUAAUUCCCUUUUUUGCAGAACUGGCCGAAGUUUCAUAUUUGCGGCCGAAGAUUUCAAAUCACUCGGCCGUUGGGUUUCUCUUCUCACAAUCUCACCAAUCGAUUAUAUUCAACUAUCAAAACAAUCAUUUAUCGAGCAAAUUGAGCAAAAAACCAGUUGA